AUGACUUCAUCAAUUGACGAUCUGGGUGGACGGGAUGUUGAAGGUUCUGUGGCAUCAGAUAAGAUCCCUGACAGUCGAUUGAGAUUAUUGGUAACAAAGUCUAUAACGAGUAUUGUGAGCAAUAUAGCUCAGGUAGAAUCAGAGGAACUUGAAGCCGCAGAAGAGGAAGGUGGGGCAAUAAGUAAAUUAGUCCUGGCUUUUGAGGAACAAAUCAGCCGUGUUGAGGUUGCCGAUGGUGGGCUGCUCAACAUUCAGCAGCCAAAUGUUGCCGUACAGGUUCAGAGUGUACUUGCUGACGACUUAAUGGGCGGUCUUGUGCUUACGCUAGCUGGAUCCAGUCUUUCAGACCUGUCCAAGUCCAAUAUUACCAUCAGUGCUCCAACCCAAGAUGACCGCGAUGACAUCAUUGCUACCAGACCAGACGUCAUUGCUCAGGUCAACAUUCCACCUUCAGUUUCAUCCGUCAUUUCGUCCACGCCCCCACUCUCAGGAUCGCCGUCGAAUGGCAGUGGUGAAUACGUCCGGGUCAACUUCAAUGUAUUUUCAACUUCAGCUCUGUUCAUUUCUAAAUCAUUGCGCACAAUCAGUGCAGAUAAUGAAGGCUUCAAUCGAUCGGCUAACUCGCCCGUGAUUUCUCUCAGUAUUGGUCAAGGGAAAGUAGCAGCCCUGACCGAAUUCAUCAAUUUUACCUUCAGUACAAUAAUGUCUGGAUACGUGAAUCCCAUGUGUUCAUUCUGGGAUGAGGAGCAGGAAGAUUGGUCCCAAGAUGGGUGUGUUCUUGUUUCUGGAAUCACAUCAUCUGAUGAGCGCUACGAUGAGGGGAGAGUGCGCUGUGCGUGUGAUCAUCUUACCAACUUCGCUGUUAUAAUGGAUAUCCAUGGAAAGGAGGAUUCAGUAAUCAAGGAAAACAAAAUCCUGACUUACAUCGGAUGCUGUAUAUCUAUCUUCAGUCUUCUUGUCACAUUGGCAACCUACCUGUGGAACAAGGAUUUGAGGACCAAACAGACUAACCAGAUCUUCAUCUGUCUGUGCCUGACCUUGCUGUGUCUCUACACGACGUUUGUCAUCAUGAUCUCUCUGGAUUCUACCAGAGAUUAUCGUGACGUCCAAGCUGGACCCUGUGGGUUCCUGACGGCCCUACUUCACUACUUCGUUUUGUCCUCCAUUGCAUGGAUGGGUGUGGAAGGGUACAAUACCUACCUCAUAAUUGUGAAGAUCUCUAACACCUACAUCCAGAAUUUCAUGAUCAAGGCUUGCUUAGCUGCAUGGGGGCUCCCUGCACUUAUCGUGGUUCUUACCGGAGCUAUUGCUAGAGACUCUUAUGCUCAAGAUGAUCUAUGCUUUCUACAAUUAUGGGCUCAAAUUGCUGGUCUCCUGAUUCCCAUGUCUAUCAUCCUCCUCAUCAACAUUGUCAUCUUCAUCCUGGUGGUUCGACAAUUGCUCUCGUCAGCCAACAUCGCUGGUCGGGCGAAAAGAGAGGCUAAGGCAGAACGUCGAGAGACUAUCAAACGCGUCCAGAACGCGAUCUGCAUCUUGCUACUGUUCGGUCUGACCUGGGUCACGGGAUAUCUUCUUUUAAUCCCGUCAUUCAGUAAGGUGGCUCAGCUAAUCUUCAUCGUCCUGAACUCUUUCCAAGGAUUUUUCAUCUUUCUUCUCUACUGCGUCCGGAAGCCUUACAUCCGUAGGAAAUGGGGUCUUACUUGUUUAGACAAGUUCCUAAAGAAACAAGCAAGCACUUCCAGUGGUGUGGUAAGCUCAGAGGCACUAUCCUCGUCAGCUGGCAUGGUAAGCAAAUUGCGCCCAGGAGCCUCGGGUAAUUCCUUGAUGCCUUUCAAAGACGACGAUCCCGAUCCUUUGUGUACGUUCAAUCCGACUUAUGAUGUUAGCCAGGUUGAUGAAGGGGUCACACCAACUAUGAACAAAGAUAUCCAAGAGAGAAGUGAUGAUGUUGCUUCUGCAACAAGUUAUGCUGCAGUCAAUCUUCCAAUGGAUUCAACAGAUGUCAACAAAGGAAAUUAGAGCAGUGGCAUAGAUGCCAGUGGCACCACUAAUUUUGCAAAGGCCAAUGGCACAGUUUAGGUUUUGACUCUAGCGAUUUAUUCAUUAAUUUUUAAGUAUUUUUAAGGUAAGGAGCAGGCUGGGUUUCGGCUGAACCCCCACCCCCUUCCCCGAGGAUUUUGCAGUUACCAAUAUUUCGUCACUACAUAUUCGGGCUACCAGGUGAUUGUUAUUUGUGUUCAUCUUUAUUGUGUUUCAAUGACGAAACACAGACGAAACUAUAUUUGUACAAUUUAUAUGUAGCUUAUCAAAGUAGUCAUGAUCAAUUGAUUUUGUGUAUUAAUAAAUAAUGUGUGGUGUAUUACUCAGAGAUGAGGUAUUUUCAUUGUUGAAAAAAAAGUAUCAAGAUAAUGGUACGAUGUUUUUUUUUCUCAAUCCUUUUUCGUCAUAAAAUGAUGAAUACAUGUAAAUUGAGAAUGGAAAUUAGACAAUAAUGGGUGCCCAUCAAUUGUUAUUUGUUAUCGUCUUUAUUAUAUUUCAAUCGCGAAGUUAUAUCUUUACAUUAAAAUAUAUUGUAGCUUAUCGAAGUAUUCAUGAUCAGAUGAUUUAUUUUGUAAAUAAUACUUUGUGGUGUAUUAACUCAAAGAAGAGGUCUUUUCUUUGUUGAAAAAAGUAUAAUGAUGAUGGUACGAAGGUUUUUUAAAAUCAUUUUAUCCUUUUUAUUCAUGACAUGAUAAAUCUAUGUAUAGUGAGAAUGGAAAUUAGAUGGUUGCCUACCAAUUAUUACUUGUUAUCAUCUUUAUUAUAUUUCAAUGGCGAAGUUAUAUCUUUACAUUUAUAUAUUUUGUAACUUUUCGAUAUAUUCAUCAUCAUUUGAUUUGUUUUAUAAAUAAUACUUUGUGGUGUAUUAACUCAGAGAAGGAUCUUUUCGUUGGAAAAAGUAUGAUGAUGAAGAUACGAAGGGGGUUUCAAUUCAUAUUAAUAAUUCAUGACAGUCAUGAUAUGAUAGAUGAAUCUUUUUUGAAAAUAAAAAUUAAAUAAUAAUGGUUGAAUUUAUUAAAUCCAAGGUCCCUUUUGCUGUCCUCUUUUCAUAUUUUUUUUGCAACCGCCGGGAAUCGAACCGUGUCACUGGCUAAGAACGACAAUGCCUUAAUGACUAGACCACACAGAACC